ACAAAGGAUCAAGCAUGUUUUCAUUUUUCAAAAAUAUUACUGGUCAAAAAGCGAUUACUGAAGAAGAUUUAGCGCAAGUAUUGGCGAAUAUGAAGGAACAUUUAAUCAAAAAGAAUGUAGCUGCUGAUAUUUCAACUCAUUUAUGUGAAUCAGUUGCAAAGAAUCUUAUAAUUAAUAAUUUGACUGAUUAUUUUAUAAAAGCUAUCAGAUCAACAGUGAAACAAGCCAUGGAAGCAUCCUUGAAACGUAUUCUGACACCCAAGACAUCAGUAGAUUUAUUACGUGAUAUUGGACAAUCGCAAGCUGAAUCACGACCUUAUACUAUCUGUUUUGUAGGAGUUAAUG